AUGCAGUGGGUCUUUGUCGGACUUGUCUUUGCAUCCGUCAUCGCAGAGAUCAGCGAGAAGCUGCCGGGGCCCACAGCUUUCCUUUCGAUUGGCUUGACUUGUCCUGUUGCACGUGCUGGUUGUGCGUGCGACCGUCUGCGUGCACACGCAGAAGAAGCAGGUGCAGGAUGUACAGCGCAGCUCCUGUUGCUACACCAGACAUUGCCUGUUCCUUUCUUCUGUACUUCACAUGACCCAGCGAGAAACCUGAGCCGCAGACUGCAACGGCAUCACCCCAAUAGCUGCUUGGCCAGUUCUCUGCAGUUGCGAUUGCAAGUCAUAGAAACGGGCCUGAUGUGA